AUUUCACGUGUAAUAGAGAUAAAGAAACUUAUUAUUAUUAUAAUGCAUAUAUAUUCGGUUUUAUUUAAACAUACGUAAUUUUUAUGGCUUCCAAUUUACCACAUUUAUGUUUGAGAAAAAUUUUUAAAUUUCUCUCAAACGAUAAAAAUGAUACUUAUAUUUUAAGAAGAAAGAAUAUACAUUCUUGCGUUUUAACAAAUCGGUAUUGGUGUGAAAUGGCAAUACCAUUCCUUUGGAAAGAACCUUUUACAGGUUCAUUAAAUUCUAUAAAAUCUAUAAUUCUCGUCAACGUAUUAAUAAUCAACUUUUCCGAACAAGAAUUAAAAUCUUUAAAUUUAAAUUCGAUCUUAAAAAAAUACAACAAAACAACUUUCGAUUAUAUUAAAUUUAUUCGAACUCUUAUCGUAAAUGCGGUUAUCGAAGCAACGGCUUUUUGGUUACAAAAUAAUCCAAAUAUAUCAAACGAAUGUCCAAUCGCAAAUAAUUUAUUAAAAAAAAUUAUAUUAAAUGCUUCAAAUCUUGAACAUAUUAUUUCAAAUUCAAAUAUAAACGUAUUUAAAUUUCCUAUUUCAAAAAAUUAUUUCUCAAAUUUAAUUGAAUUAACAGGAUUUGAUGAAGGAAUAUCUGGAAUAUAUUCAUCAAUUUCUAAAGUAGCAGAAAAUAUUAAAAUUUUAAGAUUUUCAUUAACGAAUAAUCAUAUUACGAAUUCAAAUACUGUAAAUGAUAUUUCAAAAAUUAUUAAAAAUCAAAAAAAUCUUCAACAUUUUUCUGUGGAUAAUAGAUUAAAUUGUUAUUGUUGUUCACAAGAAUAUUCAUCUUUAGAUUUUACUUCUAUUUUCUUUUCAUUAACAACACAAUCAAAAUCUUUACGUUAUAUUGGUCUUUAUGAUAUUAAUUUUUUCUCCAAUUUUCCUUUAAAACAAUUAACUUUAUUUGAUAAUUUAAAUCAUUUAGAAAUUACAAGAUGUUAUAAUUUUGGUAUUGAAUUAAAUUUUAAUCAAUUUAAUUCAAAUAUUUCUUUUAAAACAUUAAAUAGGAUUACAAUAUAUUAUUCUGCUAUACCUUCAAAUAUAUUAAAAUUUAUUUUAUCAAAAUCUGGAAAAUCUUUAAAAAAGAUUAAAUUUAUUGGUAAUGAAGUAAUGGAAAAUUUUCAUGAUUUAAUUCAACAUUGUAUAAUUUAUAAUUCAAAUUUAUCCCAUUUUUUAUCUUUUAUACAUUCUAAUGAAAUAUUAUUAUUACCAAAAUUUUUUAAAUCUUGUCAAUUUCUUAAACAUUUUGAAAUAUGGGAUAUUAAUUAUUCAUCAAAUAUUAUUAAUAAUAAUCAAUUAUUAGAUAAAUUGAUUAAUAUUGAUGAUAAUUUAUUAUUAAAUAUUAGUGAAUCAAUCCCAUCUAAUUUAAAAAUAUUUAAUAUUAUUAUGAAUUGGUCAUUUUCUACUAUUUAUUUUGAUUAUUUUCUUAAAAAUUUAGAAAAUUUUAAUAUUCAUUUAGAUUAUUUAGGUUUUCCUUUUUGUUCAAAUUUUACAAAUGAUCAUUUAGAAUUAAUUAUAAAAAAUUUGAAUUAUCCUUUAAAAUGUUUAAAUAUUCGUAAUGCGAAUAAUAUAAAAUAUGAUAAUGUUGAAAGAUCAUCUAAAUUUGUGAAAAAUUUAGUUGUACCAAAUAACAUAAGACGGUUUGUCGAAUAUGAUAAAUACUUUUAUGAUAUAAUUAAUCAAAAUAGUUUUUAAGGUAAAAUAAGAUUUUUAGUUUUAGUUAUGGUAUGGUGCAAUACAUGGUAUAUUAUUAUAGUAUUAUAGUACAUUUCUAUAUUUCUAUCCGGGUUAAUAUAAAUAUAAAUAUAUAUAUAUAAUAUAGAUUCAUUCAUUCGUUUUAUUUUAUUUUAUUUCUUCGCUCG